GACUCCCUGGGAGCCAGCCAAUCCGGCCUGAGGGUCGUAUUUUUUCUCCCGUGCUCUUGGGACCAGCCCUCAUUCUCAAACUAAAGGCACGGGUGGAUUCCGCAGCCCUGGUGUUCCAGCUACUUUGGCUCACUUCAGUCUGGCCCCACGGAGCCCUGCACCCCUUCCUGCAGGAAUUGCUACUUGGAUGUUGGGUGUUCAAGCCCAGAAGCCCCCUCCGGGCCAAUGGACAACGCCGCCCUUUGAUCCGCGCUUCCCUAACCAGAACCAGACGCGUAACUGCUACCAGAAUUUUCUGGACUACCACCGGUGUGUGAAGACCAUGAAUCGCCGCGGAAAGAGCACACAACCCUGCGAGUACUAUUUCCGUGUAUUCCAUUCACUGUGUCCCAUCAGCUGGGUGCAGCGCUGGAAUGAGCAGAUCAAGCAGGGAACUUUCCCGGGCAAAAUAUGACCUUGCACUUGAGCGCUGCUCCCCUGGCGUCAUCAACCCCUAGUGGCUGUCCUUUCAUCAAGCCCCAGCCUGGGUCACCCCCUCCCUCCACUUUGUCUUUGUGCCACAAAUAAAGUUAUUGUGCUGCUAA